UUAGUUUGCCAGAGGGUGGAGACGGUGAACAAUGAGGGAGCUGACUGGUAGGACCAGCAGAGGAACAUCUGAGACCCCCACCCCCCCACCCCUCAACCCCUCAGUCCCGCUGGACUGACAGACAAAACAGACUGACGCGCGGACGGUGAGAGGAAGGCACUCCUCAGUUUGGAGACAGUGUGGACAUGCGAUUUGUCCAUGCGUGCUGCAGAGUGCAGAGGUUUGCUGAGUCCCCCUGUGUGGAUGUGAAUGAAUUGGUUCGUCUCAGUGUGUGUGUGUGUGUGUGUGGUGCUGAACUGGGUCAUGCGGACCACUGGAGGAGCGAAAGAUAAACACGCACCUCCUCCCGCUGCUUAGCAGGUUGAGAUGGUGGGCGCUCAGAGGAGGGAUCCCAGCCUGCGUCCUCAUCUCGGCAUCCAGUAUCAGAUGAUGCUUUGAUUUAAUCCGCCUCCAAACAAAGUCACAAACUGAAGAGCAUCUCCAGAAGCAGGACUGGAAUCAUCUCUGGCGGGCAGAAGGCACAGAAGCGCAGCGACGGACCUCAUCCAAGCUUUAGCAGCUGUGAAACUACAAAGGAGGACGUCGUCCAUCAGUUUCCUUCCAGACCCCAGCGGAUCAGAGCGCAGCAGCUCUGCUCGCCGAGCGGAUGCAGGACCAUGGAGGAGACAGACAGGUCGCCAGCAGUCUGUCGCACAGCGUCAAGGCGAGCCUGUCUCUUUCUCCAUCUGGGCCAGGACGGGUGGGCAGCGGCGGUGGCUCCCCUACAUCCAAGAUGGGCUACUGUGGCGGGCUGCCUGUGGAGGAUAUGCAGGCUCUGGCCAUCACGUCUCUGUCUGCAGCAGAUGUAGCCAAGCAAUACGAGCACAUCCGUGAGCUGGGGAAGGGCACGUAUGGCAAGGUGGACCUGGUGGCACACCGGACACAGGGCACCAAAAUGGCGCUGAAGUUUGUUACCAAGAACAAGACGAAGCUCAAGAGUUUCCUGCGGGAGUACAGUCUAACAGGCUCACUUAGCUGCAGCCCUUUUAUUAUCAAAGUCCUGGACGUGCUUUUUGAGACUGAAGACAGCUAUGUGUUUGGACAAGAAUAUGCUCCCGCUGGGGACCUUUUUGACAUCAUCCCCCCACAGGUCGGUCUGCCAGAGGAAAUGGUGAAACGAUGCAUGCAACAGUUGGGCCUGGCCCUGGAUUUUAUGCACAGUAAAAACCUGGUACAUCGGGAUGUGAAACCUGAGAACGUGCUCCUGUUUGACCGCGAGUGCCGCCGCAUCAAGCUGGCUGACUUUGGUAUGACCCGACGUGUUGGCUGCCGUGUGAAACGUGUGAGCGGCACCAUCCCCUAUACAGCACCAGAGGUGUGUCGCGCUAGUCGUGCGGAGGGUUUCCUUGUGACCACCAGUCUGGAUGUGUGGGCGUUUGGCGUCCUGGUCUUCUGUAUGCUGACAGGAAAUUUCCCCUGGGAAGCAGCGCUGCCGGCUGAUGCCUUCUACGAGGAGUUUCGACGUUGGCAGAAAGCGGGGUGUCCUGUAGGAACAUAUCCGUCACAAUGGCGGCGCUUCACUGACGAUGCCUUGCGCAUGUUUCAGAGGCUGCUUGCUGCUGAGCCAGAAAAACGCUGUGGAGUCAAGGAUGUCUUCUGCUUUGUCAAGUAUGAGCUGGUCAGUGAGCUCAGGCGCAGAGCAUCUUGCCGAGCCAAGAGAGGUGAGAGGUCAAGCUCGGGAGUGUGUACCGGCAGUUGCACUUCCUCCUCAUCCUCCACUUCAUCACGUUCCUCCCACAGACACCCUGAGCCGUCCACCCCUCCGGGAACGUCCUGCCUGCGUCCAGCACCACUCAAACGUAGUGUCCUCUCUGAUCCGUUGUCCCCAAGAGAGGAGUCUGGACAGCACCAGUCUCCAGGCCGAGACAAAAACAAAAGCCAGAUGGUGAUGGCAACUGCCAUCGAAAUUUGUGUGUGACCACGCUAAUGUUAGCUGUGGAGACUAGAUGGCUUUUCACAGAAAUAACAAGCUGAGAACAGGUGUUAACAACUACAACAGAGACUUCAAUGAAAAAGGACAGUUACUUUAACCAUGAAAGAAAAGCUCAGGAUCACAUCCCCGGCUGUGGAAAUGGACAUCAUCAAUCAGCGCUACACACUUGGACAGCUUAUCACUGGCACAUGCCGGUUUGGUUUUGAUUUGUGACCAAUGACUACUCCCCAAGCUGAGAAGCCAUGCAGGCAGUGUUUAAGUGUCUGCUGAUGUUACUCCUCUCAGCAGCUCAUUCCGCCAUCCAGACAUUUGUGUUUUCUGCCCAUACACUGUGGUGGUGCUAAUGAUUCUAUAAUUAGAUACUCCAUAAAAAGUCGAUUCCGUCCUUUCUCACUCACCAGUCCACUUCUCUUUACUUGUGUUUAUGUUAUGUCUCUUUAAUAAUGUUUAUCUGUCUCAGAAUAAUAAGCUCCAGGGAGGACAAACUUCAUCUGAUCAGGUAAACCUGUUCAGUCGGAGGCCGAUGAUCUGAGAGUAAUCUUCUGGACAACAUUCGACUGCCACCUGCCAGACUUCCUGCUGACUUCCAAUGCAUAAAACAUGUCAUAGACUUUUUCAUGAGAAAUAUAAAGAGAAAAAGAAAAAAAGAACUCUCAAUGUAGCAGUUUGUAUGUGAUGUCUGUAUUUCUAGGCGUCUUAAAGACAGAUUCUCAGUGAUAGGCAUCACCUCAGGACACUUCAGUGGGUCACUUCCUGUUUUAUUAUUAAUGGAAAUCUAUUGAAUGGCUGGAAGACACAUCUUCCUCUUCUGAACUGUUCUCAGUGAGAUUCAUGAUUCAUUUCCAAUGUAACACAACAGAAUGCAGGGACUGUACAUUUUCUGAGUGAAAAAGGUGGUCAACAAAGAAGAAGAGAUGAAAUGUCUUUGUUUUUGUUUCUUUUCUACCUGGUUUGUGUGUGUUUGGAUGUGUAUGUGUGUGUUUCAAAUGCUAAAGCACAAUAUUUUUUUUUACAGGAGGGAAACUCUUUGUGAAAACUAUGACUCUAUAUUGUAAAUAAUUUGAUAUUUCUAGGAGUGCACCGUAAUCAGGUAGUUCAGCUAUGUAGCGGUACAAAUUUUCUAUAAUGGGGAAAGGGGUUUUAGGGUUUUAUCGUUGCUGUCGGGGCAACGCAUUGUAUGUAGCAACAAAAUAUAACAGAAUGUACAGUAUAUCACAACAAAUUAAAUAUACAGAAAUAUGAUCUAGAGAGUGUCACAGUGUAUCACAUGGUAGCAACUGCUGUUCUCUUUUGUGUUAUUGUUUUGGGUUUUAUCUGGACUGGACCAUGUUUUUUUUUCCUAACCCAGGUGUAUGACAAAUAAAUUAGUGAAUAGACAUCACUCAUUUCUUGAUUUUCCUGUCACCAUAGCCUUGAGCAACAUCCAUUUCAUGUGUAAAGUCAUCACGCUCUCCAAUCAGUCAGUUAAAGAUACCGCAAAGGGCUGCCGUACAGGUACCAAACAAAUAAUUUCCCUGAACAGAUGACACCUGUGUCAGCCACUGACAUUCUGCAAGCUGGUGAUUGAUCCUGACCAGGCGCACAUCUUUCACUUCCAAAGAAAUACUGCUAUUUAUGAAAGCAUCUAAAAAGCUUCCGCUCUGCUCGUUACCGAUAUUUUUAUUGCUUCAUCUGCAUUGCUGGUAUGUCAGUCAGGAGCCUGCGUGUCUAUGUUUGUGUGCCUGAAUGUGUGCUUGUCUCCACUUCUCUUAUUUCCCCACUCCUCCCUGUGACACCCCAUCAGCUCUGUCGCUAUAGUGACAGCGACGGUGCUUUCAGCCUCGGUCCUCCUCUUGAAAAUCAAGUCUAAUUGAGCCCAAGUGAAACAACUGGUCACCAGCCUCCCUCCAGUCACCCACAGUUCUUCAUGACAGUUGCUUAGCUUAUUAUACUCAAUGACACAUUUCUUCAGAUACACAUUUUACUGUAUUUUAUGAGCCAUUUCACAGACCAAAGUAUCAUCAGCCCCAAUCAAAGCUGCAUUGAUUGUCUCAUCAUUUUCCUUGUCUCUUUCCAUCCUCACUCUUGACUCUGUAAAGGUGACUUGAUUGAGGCUGAAGACUUGUCAAAGGGAUGCAUAGCAUGCUUCAAGGGACCCGUCAAAAGGUAAUCCAUCAGUAGAUGUGAAAGUGCAGUGUGCACUCAUCCUGCCCUACAUCUUGUCAAUGUUAGAAUGUAGGAUCUACAUAGCAGGAAAAAAAACACAAUUCAGCGUAGCGCAACAUAACACCACGCAACAUCAUGCACAUUGUUUUAAAAUAGUGUAUAAUUAUACUUUGUAACACCACUUUAAAAUUUAUGUAUACAUGUAGCCUCAAUUGAACAAGUGACACACUGACAGCACCACAGCCAUUAUCAUUGUCAGACUUCUAUGAGUUGUUACAGUGUGCAGUGCUGUUUCUCAUGGACUGUUAUGACAGGAAUUGUCAAGUUUAAUGAAAAUGUGUCAGUUUGUAUCAAGUUUUAUUGAAGCUUGGAGAGUAGCCUUCCUUUAAUCCAGUUCAUCCCAGUCGGGUGAUCAAACUGUUUUCUGCCAGCAAGUGUUGUAGAAUCUCUUGUAAAUAAUGUAUGUAUGGUGUCUUUAAACAAAACCAAAAACAAAACAAAACAAAACAAAAAAACCCCAAAAUAAAAU